CGGGCGCGCAGAGGUAGCUGCAGAGUCGACCUGCGGGGCUCGGGGAUCCCCAGCCGGAGCUGCAGUACGAUCGCAGCAGAUAAAAAGUCCUGAAGUAGUCUUUCCUGUCCAAAGAUGGAAAAUAGUACCACUACCAUCUCUCGGGAGGAGCUUGAAGAACUGCAAGAAGCAUUUAAUAAAAUAGAUAUUGAUAACAGUGGGUAUGUUAGUGACUAUGAACUUCAGGACCUAUUUAAGGAAGCAAGCCUUCCUCUUCCUGGCUACAAGGUACGCGAGAUUGUGGAGAAAAUUCUAGCAGUUACUGACAACAACAAAGAUGGCAAAAUCACUUUUGAAGAGUUUGUGUCACUAAUGCAAGAGUUAAAAAGCAAAGAUAUCAGCAAAACAUUCCGAAAAAUAAUUAACAAGCGGGAAGGGAUUACUGCUAUUGGGGGAACUUCAUCCAUUUCCAGCGAGGGCACACAGCAUUCUUACUCAGAGGAAGAAAAAGUGGCUUUUGUUAAUUGGAUAAACAAAGCCCUAGAGAAUGACCCUGACUGUAAGCAUCUUAUACCUAUGAAUCCCAACGAUGACAGCCUUUUCACAUCUCUUGCAGAUGGCAUCCUUCUCUGCAAAAUGAUCAACUUAUCUGAACCAGAUACAAUUGAUGAAAGAGCCAUUAAUAAGAAAAAGCUCACUCCUUUUACUGUUUCUGAAAAUCUAAACCUAGCCCUGAAUUCUGCUUCAGCCAUUGGUUGUACAGUGGUCAACAUUGGUGCACAGGACCUCAAAGAAGGAAAACCUCACUUGGUUUUGGGACUUCUCUGGCAGAUCAUCAAAGUUGGUCUUUUUGCUGAUAUUGAGAUUUCCAGGAAUGAAGCUUUGAUUGCAUUGCUGAAUGAAGGUGAAGAACUGGAGGAGCUGAUGAAGCUUUCUCCAGAGGAGUUACUUCUACGGUGGGUAAACUACCACCUCACCAAUGCAGGAUGGCGCACUAUCAGCAACUUCAGCCAAGACAUCAAGGAUUCAAGAGCAUAUUUUCAUCUGCUUAAUCAGAUUGCCCCUAAAGGUGACCGAGAAAAUGGAACUGCCAUUGCCAUUGACCUUUCAGGAUUUAAUGAGAGAAAUGACCUGAAGCGUGCUGAAUUCAUGCUUCAAGAAGCAGAUAAACUAGGCUGCAGACAGUUUGUUACUCCUGCUGAUGUGGUUUCAGGCAAUCCUAAACUUAAUUUAGCCUUUGUAGCUAAUCUUUUUAACACAUAUCCAUGCCUACACAAACCUGAUAAUAAUGACAUCGAUAUAAAUUUAUUGGAAGGAGAGAGCAAGGAAGAGCGGACUUUUCGGAACUGGAUGAAUUCCUUGGGGGUCAACCCAUAUAUUAAUCAUUUGUACAGUGACCUUGCAGAUGCUCUAGUGAUCUUUCAGCUCUAUGAAAUGAUUCGAGUGCCAGUUGACUGGAGCCAUGUCAACAAACCUCCUUAUCCUGCUCUUGGAGGAAACAUGAAGAAGAUUGAAAACUGUAACUAUGCAGUGGAGCUUGGGAAGAAUAAAGCCAAAUUCUCCUUGGUUGGUAUUGCUGGGCAGGACCUAAAUGAAGGGAAUUCAACACUUACUCUGGCAUUGGUAUGGCAGCUGAUGAGAAGGUAUACAUUGAAUGUGUUAUCAGAUCUUGGAGAGGGUGAAAAAGUGAAUGAUGAAAUUAUUAUUAAAUGGGUCAACCAGACUCUUAAAAGUGCAAACAAAAAUACUUCUAUUUCCAGCUUCAAGGAUAAAUCUAUUAGCACAAGUUUACCUGUUCUAGAUUUAAUAGAUGCCAUUGCACCAAAUGCAGUUCGUCAAGAAAUGAUCAAGAGAGAAAACCUUUCUGAUGAGGAUAAACUGAACAAUGCUAAAUAUGCCAUUUCAGUUGCUCGAAAGAUUGGUGCUCGGAUUUAUGCAUUACCUGAUGACCUCGUAGAAGUAAAACCAAAGAUGGUUAUGACGGUGUUUGCAUGCUUAAUGGGAAAAGGACUGAACAGAAUAAAAUAAUGAAACUAUAUGGUCGUCUGCCACAUUAAACACAUUGAAUGCCUCACAGUUUACAGAAUUAUGAAAUGUAGUGGGUAUCAAAUCAGAGUAUUUGUAUGUUUAAAAUAGAUGUAUUCAUUAAUGAGUUUGACAUCCUAUUCAUAUUAGUUAGAAUUAUCAUCUUUUUGGAUAACACCAUUUACUUACCAAUAACAYACUGACAGUAGAAUGUUUGUUAUUAAACUGAUAUUUCAUGAUUAAAUUACUUUUGUUUCCUAAAAGUCUUAAAAGGCAAGAUUAAUUCAUUCUUUUUCUAUAGUUAAAAAAAUCAGUAAAAAAAAAGUUUUCUCUUGUUUUGCAGGUUCUGCUGUGAAUGUGUUUUGACUUUGGUGUGUUAUUUAAUUGUGAUCUAAUGUAUUCAAAGUCAUAAUCCAGUCUAAUCCUUUUAUUUUUUUCUCCAACUAUGUAAAGUGGUCUAAAAAUUUAACUUUCUAU